AUGUGUGACGGGAAUGACAUGACCGACUUGGUGAGAACACAUAUGCUAGAUACUCACAAUAAUCAAAGGGGUCAACUUGCAUUGGGACAGCUUGUGGACAAUAAACGAAUCAAAUUACCAUCGGCUAGAAACAUGUAUCUACUAGUAUGGGACUGUGACUUAGAAAAGCAAGCUCACGAUUGGGUUGCCAAAUGCCCCACGAAAAAGGAAGUGGACAAAGGUGAAAACUUCUAUCGUGGACCAGCUAAUGGCUUAUUCACGUGGAGAGAUAUGAAUAAGAAAGUGAACAUUUAUUUUUCACAUUUUCAUCUCAGCUAA